CCGCCACGCCACGCCGCCGCGCUGACUCUGCGGAACCUAACCUAUAUGUAUAUCCGGCUUAAGACUGGUUUCCAAUUUCCAUCCUUCGCUGACCGCGCUGUGCGCCGUUAUGGGCUGUCACGUGCGUCGAUUCGAUCGGUGAGACCUCGAUCGACAACAGACAUCGCUUCUCUGCUUCCCACCAGGAACGAGAAAAUUAAAAAUUAUCUUCUCGUAAGAACCUGCGCCAACAAAAAAAAAUGUGUCAUAAGAAAAUGCAACCGCGCGGUUCAGCUUUGACGGCCUCGACCCUCGACCUCGACGUUAUUGCGCUCUUCAUGCGGAUCGUAUGUCAAGAUUGUCAAGAUUGUGUAUAUACGAGGUUACUCCCGUUACUCGCGCACGUGACUCGUCGCGUCAAAUCGUCUGGGAAGCUCGAUGCCGUGCCGCGUCGUCGGCCUUCCGGACACCAGACACGCACGAAGGAGGAAACCGCGACUUCUCCGCGCGCGGCGAGGCGGAUUUAUUUCCGCGCGCAAUGACGCAAUUACGGAGUAAUAUUAUAUACGCCCGAUCUCGCUGACGAAACCGAGAGUCUGUUUGCGUGACGGCGAUAAUUUGAAGGAUAAUUUACUGUGCGCGCGCUCGAUAUGUAAAUUUGACGUCUUUAUCUGUCCUUCUUUUUUUUGUUUUAAAUUUAAACAGAUAGCGAGACAGACGAUAUAUCUCUUCGUAGUUUGUUACGAUAAAUAUUAUUAGUACAUUUGAUAGCAGAUUUAGUCGGAUUUAGUUGGAAUUUCGAUUAAAUUGGCGUCAAUCAUAUCGGCAUUAAGUAAACUUCCCCGUUUUGUCCGCUAAUUUAACAACAGAGAUUAGUGACAGAAAUUGAACGUAAUCCGGUCGUUUCAUAAUCAUUUAAAUGAAAUAUUCCAAUGCGACUUUUCUUCACCUUUAAUCCACUGUUUCAUUAGAUUUUAUUAUGUUCUUGCUGGCAUUCUGCCGACAAAAUUUGCAAGCAAACAUGGAGAAGAAUAAUUUGCUGGCACAGAAGAUUUUAUGCCGUUGUAACAAUUUAAUGUUAAAAGAAUACUCAUCACACUAUAGUUUGCUGGAUAUAAUUUUGCUGAAUCUACGAAUUAUUUUGCUGUGAGAACAAAGUAGUUCUUGUUCAGGCUAUGAAAUUCUUUUUGCCAUAUUAACAACGAUUAACAAUAAAAUUUUUUUGCUACAUGAGCAAAACAGUUUAAACUUUAAACAGAUGAUUUCGUUGAAGGAACAAUUUAAUUGGACUGUAUGAGCAAAUUAAUCCUCUGUGUGCAUAUGUUUUUUCGGUACCUUGCCAUUGCAUACGUGAAUCUGUCACGUUUGACGCUAUUUUUCCCUAUUAGGUACCUUAAAGUAUAUAUUUUUAAAAAUCUGAAAAAAUUCACAAAACAUCUGUCUACAUUGUAAUUGACGGUUUUAUAGACGUUUUGAUAAACAUCAUUUAUUUAAUAUUUUCUGGCAGGCUUACAAGUUUUAUAGUUACGAGCAGAUAUCAUUUUGGCUCGGACGCCGUAGACCCACGUAUGCACACGGAGGGUUAAAUUUGCGAUUACAACAUAUAUUUAUAUAAAUAAACGACAUAUUUUGGCUGUAUGAGCGAUAUCAUUUUGACGUAAUUUCUUCGAGCAUUCCCCAACUAUCUAGCAAGCCUCGAAUCAUUAUUGCUAUAUACAUAUACAGACAAAGUACAACAGACAGAUAUUACUUGAAAGUAUGCGACUCUUGCGUUUGUAGUUAUCUCUAAAUGAGGAAUCUCGUGAACAUUGAGAUUGAUUGAGAUCUGCAAACAUCAACAAAGCUAAGCUCUUUGCGAUGCAUAAUAAGUGUAGUGGAACCGGUGAACUUUCUUUUUUGUAGGAAGGACGAAGGAGAAUACAACGACACAAUAUUCAUAGAAUACGUACAACAUUCGUUCAUUCAGAAAUCGCACGUGCUCAUGGACACAGCGUGCGUAUGUGCAACUAUAGCGCAUGGGUACAAGGAAUCUGCGCAGUUAAUAUUGCCUCAGCAUUUUUUUCCCCCUAUUUUUUCUUUUCUCUCAAUGAAACGACAGACUAUUGAGCAGUAAUGAUUUUACUCCGAUAACAAAUAUAUUUACUGAAAAUAUAUUAUUUUGCUUCAAUAGCAAAUUAACGUGACUCUAAAGACAAAUACACUCAAUAAAUUUUUGCUAUUCUUGCAACAAAAUCGAUUUUGCUCUAAUGACAAAUAAUUCGUAAAAUUAAUUCCAUCAACUAAAUUUUGUUGCUGUCACUACAAAUAUACAACAACAGAAUUAUUUUUUUCCGGCAACACUUUGUAAAAUAUGUUUUCAACAGACUUGCGAAAUGUCAGCGGUACGCGCGCCGGGUAAGAUGUAACGAAGUUCACCUGUGGACGUCGUGACGUUUCUAAGACCGUUUCGGCUGCAAACAAUUUUUCAAAGUUUCUGCAGAAAUCGAGUUCGUUUCCUUCUUUGCUUUGAGUAAUCCUUUAUUAAUAUUAAUUAUACUUUCAUCGUUUGAUAUUAGUAUAGUCUCUCAUCCUUGUGGGUAAAAAAUUAGAUGCCAGAUCUUUCCUAUGCGGGAGGGAUUCAUUAGAAGAAGAUGUAGCGGAAUCUCCUAACGGAGUACGAUGACGGAAUAUCGCGGCAGGUCGGCCGUUUCCGACAGAUUUGGCUCUGUCUGGGAAAUUAAGUUCCCAGGAUGAAGACGUGAAGACGCGAAAGAAAAGGGCGACAGGUUUCGAAAUUGCAAAUUUCCGAGCAAGUAGUAGAGCAAGGCAACGGUUUCCCGAUCCGUUCGCGUAUCGUCUAACAUAAGAGCGCAGAAAGAGAGAGAGAGAGAGAGAGAGAGAGAGAGAUCGCGCGUGUAUCGGGUAAAGUAACAAUAUACCGAGGCCAUGUUCCCCGCACGCUGUUCAAUAUUUACAUCAACAAGAUGGAUAUAUUACCGGAUUAAGAUGACCCCCGUGGCUUUUUAAUUAUACAGGCCUCAGUGCGCCGGGACAUCUGCCCUAUAGAAAUCAGGGCUCUCGAUCCCCCGAUCCGUUCUCCACCCCGCGUCAGCGAUCCAUUUCCCUUCACUACCAGAGUAUCAAUUACAUUGUUAUUACCUAGGGAGUAGCCGGAAGAUGCGGUCAGAUCGCAGAUAAUACACUGGUAUAAGAGCAUGCUGCAACAAUGAGACAGGUACACAGCGUUUACCGAAGCGUGGCCCUUGUCGUGCGAGUAGCGGCGAUAGCCAUCGCACGGUGCAACUAUGCGUCUAAUUUGGAUCUGCCCGCAAAGAGGAUGAAUCUCAUAAAAAAAAAGAAGGAGGGGUACGUGCCCCACGGGGCCCAGGCGUGUGCGCCCGGCCGCCACGAGUGGUACCCCAAAUACGUAUGUACCGCGUAUAUAUAGCGAAGGGUUCGUCCUUCGGAAGAUUUAGUGACUCUCGGGAUGACGAGCGAAGCACGAGACUCGUGGACGCCGGGGACCACGGACUUCAGCAUAGCCCGCAUACUCGCGAACGAUCCGCCGCCGGGCACCAACGUCGACGUCGCGCGGAAACGUCGGCACGAGUCUCCGGGAUGUGAUUCCUCGCGGCGGAAAACGGAAGCCGGGGAACGGACACAGAAACUUCGCGGGGAGCGUGACACGCUGGGCAGAACGCGUCGCGACGCUCUCGUCACCGUCGCGGAUGAGCGACAGCGGAGUGGCGACCGCAACGGCGAGAACGCGACGCGACGGACCGAUCUCACGUGGCUCCAGUAUACCCGGUACAGACCGCCGAGACUGCCCAGAAGGUCCCUCGCCGAGAGACGAGUGAAGCGACGAACGGGCGACCAUCCCCGCAUCCCGUUCUCCCCGUCCCAGCUACAAGUGUUGGAGGAUAGGUACCGGAGAGGCGCUUACCUGUCCAGGAACGACGUCGUCGAGAUGUCCGCGACGCUACGACUGCCGCAGAGCAAAAUCAAGAUCUGGUUUCAAAAUCGCCGAGCGAGGCAAAGACGCGAAUCGUUGAAUUCCACGAUAGCGGCACGAUGACUCGACAACGACGAUGAAAAUCGGCGAUGGUUCUUCUGGAAGAUCGAGGAAAUUUCGUAGUCGGAGCGAUCGACGAUAAGUACAUCGGGUCUGGACCGCGAUGUCAUUCCGAAAUUUGAUUUCCAGUGCCGCGACUAUUUUAUUACGUGUCCUUCGACAUUUUGUACAAAUAAACUCGUUUACGACUCUAAAUAGCGCAAAGUCAUUUGUCAUGAUUUUAUUUCUAGCUACAUAAGGAAACAGACUCUGUCUAACGAGAGAUCAUGGUUGAUCAAACAUAAAUAACGAUAGGGCACAGAGCCGC